AUGAUGCAGAUCAGCUCCACCGUACAAGCCCACAACCUUCACAAGUUUCAGGCAAUAAGGUGCCCCAGCUUCAGCUUCAGAUGCCAAGCUUCUUCAUCCUCAACCUUUCAGAAGCCCUUUGUCUCCACCGAGUCAGCUCGCUUGCACCUCGCCAACCUCGACAAGCUCCUCGACUCCCAGAAGCCUGUCGCCCCACCCGCCCAACUACACCAACAACAACAACAACAACAACAACAACAUCAACACCCACACCAGCCAAUCAUCAACGACCCAAAGGAGAAGAAAGGAAGAAGCUUUCUCGAAGGCCUCAAUUUGGCCAGGCUCUGGCCGGAGAUGAAGGCCACAGAAGAAAUGUCCCCGCGCCACCUGAACCGCCUCCAGCGGUUGCUCUCCAUGACGGCGGAGUAUUCCCCGAGGAACAUCCUCGGAGGCCGGUGGAGAGAGUACCACGGCAGCAACGACUGGAAAGGGAUGCUGGAUCCUUUCGACGAGAAUCUCCGGCGAGAGGUCGUCCGCUACGGCGAAUUCGUCCAAGCCGCGUAUCAGGCCUUUCAUUCGGACCCCGCCAUGUCAACGGAGGAGCCCCCACACCCCCGCCACGUGGCGCUUCCCGAUAGAUCCUUCAGAAUGACCAAAAGCCUCUACGCCACGUCAUCCAUCGGGUUGCCCAAAUGGGUCGACGAAGUGGCCCCGGAUCUCGGAUGGAUGACCCAGCGGUCGAGCUGGGUCGGAUACGUGGCCGUUUGCGAAGACAGAAGAGAGAUCGCACGGAUGGGAAGGAGAGACAUUGUGAUCUCUCUCCGCGGAACCUCGACGUGUCUGGAAUGGGCCGAGAAUAUGAGGGCCCAGUUGGUUGACCUUCCUGGCGAGACUGCUUCGGAAGGCCAAGGAAAGCCCAAAGUGGAGUGUGGGUUCAUGAGUUUGUACAAGACGAAAGGCGCACACGUGCCGAGUCUGGCCGAGUCCGUGGUGGAGGAAGUGAAGAGGCUGGUGGAUCUUUACAAAGGCGAGGAGCUAAGCAUUACCGUGACAGGGCACAGCCUGGGGGCGACGCUGGCCUUAUUGGUGGCCGAUGAAAUAAGCACGUGCUGCAGCGGAGUUCCACCGGUGGCGGUUUUCUCCUUCGGAGGGCCGCGCGUGGGUAACAAGGCCUUCGGGGAGCGCGUGACGGAGAAGAAGGUGAAAGUUCUACGGAUAGUGAACUCGCAGGACGUGAUCACACGUGUGCCCGGGAUCUUCGUGAGCGAGGAGCUUGAACAGAAAAUGCGGAACGUGGGAGGGGGGGUGUUGGAAGAGAACACGCCGUUGGCGUACUCGCACGUGGGAACUGAGCUGCGCGUGCAGACGAAGAUGUCCCCGUACCUUAAGCCCGAUGCUGACAUGGCGUGUUGUCAUGACCUGGAGGCUUACUUGCAUUUGGUGGAUGGUUUUUUGGCGUCCAAUUGUCCCUUCAGAGCAAAUGCUAAGAGAAGCUUGGCCAGGUUAAUGCAAGACCAAAGCGCCAAUGUAAAAAAAUUGUACACUAGCAAGGCAAAAGCCUUAACUGUUAAUCUUAGUAGGCAGGGAUCAAUCCCUAUGUCUAAUUGUUUACCUAGCCCAUCUUAA